AUGGCGCCUUGCGGCACCCUUUGGCACCUCUUAGAGGUGGCUUACGUGGCUGCCAGAACUUUCCAAUUUCGAUUUGGGGUGGAGCAGUGGGUCUAUUUCUUCACAGCGUUCUGGAAGCAGCUCAAGGAAUGGAAGCAUAGCAUCAAAUGCCUGGAGGCUGGAAGCAGGAGGGCGCGCAUGUCAGGCGCUGCGGUUGCAGCAGGAGGUCUCUUUGAGGCAACGCGCUUUAGAAGCUGGCUGCAACAGGGGCAGCCACCGCUGCAAUCAAGUCAAUGGAGGAGACCAAUCCCACGGGUGGUUGCGGGUCUGAGGAGAGAUCUACGAGUGCUUCGAUGGUGCCAAAAGGGCUGCAGGAUGGUCGCCCGACCGAACCAGGCGGAAGCGCCCGUGCACUUCAUCCAGAAGUGCCCUCCAGAAGCACCCUUGCUGAGAGAGGAAGUGGCAGCUUCGCAGCAGCUCGAAGCAGCCACCUCCGACUCACGGGACAACGGCGACCCAGAGGGCAGGCCCCCGGGCCUUAUGACGAAGAUGACGAGCACCCCCUCCGGCCAGGGGGGCGCCGGCGCUCCUGGUGAAUCCAUGGACGUUGACAGUCGGCCACAGCCGUCCAGCGCCCAUUGCAGUCAGGCAAGCAGUGGCAGCAACCAGCAGCCGCCGCGCGCCUUCAGCGGAGAGGAGUGGCGGAAGACGGAGUCAGAAGGGGAGGGCGAGGACAUCGAGGGGGCGGAGUUUGAAGGCAAAGACGAGUCCUCGGAUGAGGAGACCUCUCAGGAUCGCACCAUGAUCGACGACGCGCCUCAGGAAGAGGAGAACGAAGUGGUGCAGUACGGCCGGAUCAACGCGGCAAUGGAGACAGAUUCGGACGCAGAGGGCUUCUCCCAGGCGCUGGCAAAGCUCAAGCGCCGCGCGCCGAAUGUGGAGACCAACCCGGCCCCAAGCAACCGCCGGCGCCGCGUGCUGCUCUCACCCUCCGACUCCUCGAGCGAGGAUGAGGGCAGCUCGUCCCCGGUUCGCAGCCAGGCCCCGAGCGCCAAGCACCCCCCCUUGCCGGAGGAAGGGGAAGCGCUUGGGGCGGACUGCCCGAUGCCGGACGACCCCGCAUGGGAGCCUGAAGAUGACGGCUGGUCGGACGACCUGCCGCCGGAGCCCGAGGAUGAUGGCUGGUCGGACUUCUUCGACCUGAGCUUGGAGGACGACUUCGCCCAAGCGUGCGAGAUCGUCCCACGUUCGCGCGGGGGCAGCAGCCCGGCCGCAGCUGCCAACAGUGCUCCGAUCGCCCUCGACGCGGCUGAGCCAACCUCGCUGGACCACUGGCUCACCUCGCCCUCCACCCCCGUCCCCGUCCCGAGCGCCGCGGCUGCCCAGAGCGCAACCAGGGCGGCCCAACAGGAGCAGAACCUACCUGCUGCGGCCCAGAGCUCAGGGGGCGCAACCAACGCCACCCAACCGCCCCCUGCUCCCCCCCCCUUCCCCCAGGGCGUUGCGGUGCAGGAAACGAUGCCCUUCCGUCAGGUACCCAGCCUAGCCGACGUGGGGGGGCCGUCACGAGUUAACCCCAUCGUGGCCGCCGCUCAUCACUUGCACACGCGUGGUGUGGUGGCGCUGACGUUCAACAUGAAAGUCUCGCUGAACGACAAGGGAGAGGAGAAGAAAGCGCCGGCUGGCCUCAUGCCAGAGUGGCAGAAGAAGUGCGAUCUCGGCAACUGUUUGCGCCAAGGAGUCCGGCCCGGCAGGACCUGCCUCGCCAUUGUGACCGAGCCCUCAGACAUCAUUGUCUUUGACGUCGAUAGCAAGGACAAUGGGGUGGCGACCUUCGAGCAGGUGCUGGCAGAGCACGGCCCUUUGCCUGUCGACACCCCCUGGGAGUGGUCAGGAAAUAGGCCUGGGAAGCACCUCUUCUUCUCCCUCUCGGAGUCCAAGGCCACUGGGUUGCUGAGCGGCGCCAGCAGGGCACGUCUACUUUAUGAGGGCAAGAAGGUGGGCUGGGACAUGCGCGGCGAGGGUGGCAUGAUCUUCGUGGGCCCGAGCAGCUACAAGGGCAUGGACGGCAUUGUCCGCUCGUACGAGUGGGUGCAGGAGAUCGCGCCGGACCGCUCCAACCUCCGCGCCAUGCCCGGGUGGCUGAUCCGGAUCAUCAACGACAGCGCUGCUCCUCCAGCACCACCGAGGGCAGCGCCAUUGGCCCCCACUCGCUUCGCUGAGGGCCUCGAUGCCGACGGAGUCGAGUUGCCCCCUCCGCCGGCGGUCCUGGAGCGCAUCAAGAAGUGCCUUGCAGACGUAGGAGACACCUCCUCGCGCUUCGACAAGCUCAAGAGGUUCCCUGGGGGGCCGGAUCUGUACGCCUACCGCGUCAGCGGCGCACGCGUGUGUCCGUAUGGUGUGAGCCACAGCGGCUCGAACAACUUUUGUGUCCUGGUACGUGGUCGCGGUCUUUUCUACAAGUGCAACAGCUCCGAGUGCUGCGACGUUCAUCCGCAGCGCAAGAUCGGGGAGCUCACGGCACAGGAGAGCAUGGUGGGGGGCGAGACGGCCCCGGUUGCUGAGGACGACCCGACUGUGUACGACAUGCUGACGAAGGCCUUUGUGGACUACUGGGCGUUUAAAGGAGACAUGGGCGGCAGUCGGAUUGUUGCGCAGAUGUACUCCAGAUGCCACUGGAUCUGGUAUGAUUCGGAGGGCAAGACUUGGUGGAUAUGGGAUGGGAAGCGCUUCAAGCAGGCUGCAAUCGAGACGGUCAGAUAUAUCUGCAUUCAUCAGCUGAGCACCGUUUACGGUCGAGUUCGAGCAGAAUUGAAGGAGCAGAUAGAUGAGACCGUCGACGAGAAAGAGAAGAAGCUGCUGAGCAAGCGUCUCGACAAAGUGAGACGCUACUACGACGCUGGUGAGAUCGGCUCGACCUUGUCGAUCAUGGCAGGGGAGAUGGCCCUGGAUUUGGUGGGGGAGCUGGAUGCCAACCCGGACAUCCUGAACGUUCAGAACGGGGUCAUCAGCCUGCGCACUGGCCAGCUCGACAUUCACAGGCCGGAGUACUUGUGCACCAAGCUAGCUGACGUCAACUUCAAGGGGCUCAGUCAUCCGACCCCCACCAUCCGCGAUUUCCUGGCCGACAUCUUCAACGGCGACCAAGCACUCAUUGAGUUCAUGCAGAGGCUAUGGGGGUACGCCAUAAACGGGCGGAUCAGCGAGGAGAUCAUUGUGUUCUUACUCGGAAGCGGCGGGAAUGGCAAGGGGGUCUGCAAGGAGAUGCUCGAGAAUACGCUGGGCGAGUACUACGGAGUGAUGGCCAAGGACGCUGUGGUGAAGCCUCCCGGGCAGCGACCCCCCACCAAGGGUGCUGCCACGGGCUACCUCGCCGAAUUGAAGGGCUUCCGGGUUGCUAUCACGGACGAGACGAGCCCGGGCGAGCGCGUUGAUCUCGGGCUCGUCCUCAUGAUGACCGGCGGGGGAAAGCAGAGUUUUCGAAACCUCUUCGAGAAAAACGCUACGAUCCGCUUUACCCAUACGCCUUUCAUCCAAACCAACUACGAUCCUGAGAUCCCCCCGACCCUGGCGAAGCAGGCCAACAUUGACCGCCGCCUCAUCGUGGUUCGAUUCCCAAACGAGUACGUGUCUGAGAACAAGUUCGACGAAACGAACCCUAGCCAUAGGCUCGUGGAUGGCAGUCUGAAGCAGCGGAUGCAGACGCCAGCGGUCUGUGAAGAGUUCCUCACGUUCUUGGUCCAAGGGAGCUGCGCUUGGUACGAGGACCCCACGGUCUUGCGCCGGCACCCGCCGGCCGUUCAGGCGGCCUCGAUGGCGUGGCUGCAGCGUGGAGACAAGCUGCAGACCUUCCUGCAGUCGGAGCACUGCGUCCUGGACGCAGCUGACACGCCCGACGCCACAAAGACCGUCACGUGGGAGGACGAAUUCUGGAGACAGUUCCAGUUGUUUGCAGGGCUGAAGAUUGCCAAGGAGGAGUUGGCUAAGCAGAUGCGGGAGAAAGGGUAUGGGAGAACGAAGCGCGCUGGGCGUUUCACCGGUGAUCUCGCUUCUCAGCGGAGCUCGUGCUAUGUAGGCUUCAAGUGCGAGUACGAUUGACACGCGUCCACCUUGUAAAAGCCAGUUGCUUGCUUGUUCCAUGAGGCUUGCUUCGAUGAGAAGAAUUGUACAUAGACUGAUUGCCCACCUCUUGAAAGAAUAGGCCAUUAGGGGCGAGCAGAAUUGAGAAGCAUUUUUCCGUCGUAAGAACCAGUCGCUUGCUUUCAAGUUUCUUCCACUAGUCUUGCAUUGACCGUUGGGUAGAACUGUACAUAAGUUAUUGUUUUCUGCCGACCUUUCAGAGAGUAGGCUUUAGGUACGUGUUACGAUUGAGAGGCCUUUCCACGAAAACGAAAAAAACAAGUCGCUUGCUGUUCCGUUAGUGGUGCUUUGUUGAAUAGUAUUGUAUACAAGGUAGAUCAGGUGCCCACCUUUGUGGAGGUAGCAUAAAUGAUGCUCUAGCUAACAAGUCCUUUGGCUCGUGGCCGUUUGCGUAUAUGGU